AUGAACUCCUCCAGCAACUCCAGCUUGAACUCCACUUGGAUUCCGGAUGGCGUGGUUUCGGGCCGCCUGAUAUGGAGCAUCAUCAUGGGGCUGUGCUGUGUUCUAGGCCUCCCUGGUAACAUAGGUGUCCUGGUGGUCAUCCUGCGCCGCUCGUCCCGACUCCUCAACUUCACCCUGUGCCUCAUGCUCAACCUGGCUUCCUCCAACAUCCUGUGCCUGGCCAUGGUCCUCUACCCUCAGAUGUGGAACAGGCUGGGGCGCAAGGGGGAGGUAGUGCUGCUCCUGGCCCUGUGGGGGCUCGCCUGUGCUCUGACUGCCCCCACUGUUGUCACUCGUGAUGUGGUUGAUGGCGAGCUCAAGUGCCAGCGACACACGGGCUCUGAUGCUGAAAGAGUUGCUGUCCUCGUCUCGGAGACAGUUUUAUGGUUUGUGGUCCCGUUCUCUGUGCUUGUCACGUCCUACUGCCGCCUCCACCGGCGGGUGAACCAGACGGCGCUGUUCAGCAGUGCAAAGAUGACGUGGCUGGUCACCAGUGUGGUGGUCGCCUUCUUCAUCCUCUUGAUCCCUGUGCACAUUGUCAAUAUGGUAGACAUCACCUGCAUUGUGCAACAUACUCCCCUGACAGAGUUGUCAGUUGCGCUUCGGUGCCACAGAAACGCGGUAGCGAGUGUCGCCCGGUGCUUUAUGGUUAUUAACAGCUGCCUGGACCACUUCCUGUACGCCUUCGCCUUGCGGAGGAUCCGUGAGCAGCCCAAGUCAUCGUAG